AUGGCCUUCACAGACCUGCUGGAUGCCCUGGGAGGUGUGGGUCGCUUCCAGCUUGUCUAUACAGCCUUGCUGCUGCUGCCCUGUGGGCUGCUGGCUUGCCAUACCUUCCUACAGAACUUCACGGCUGCCGCACCCCCUCACCACUGCCAACAUCCUGCCAACUACACAGAACCUACCACCAACGUCUCGGGGGUCUGGCUGAGGGCUGUCAUACCCCUGAACCAGCAUGGGGACCCCGAGCCGUGCCGGCGCUAUGUAGAGCCUCAGUGGGCCCUUCUGAAACCCAACACCUCCUCCCAUGGGGUGGCCACCGAGGGCUGCAAGGAUGGUUGGGUCUACGACCGAAGCAUCUUCCCAUCUACCAUUGUGAUGGAGUGGGACCUGGUGUGUGAGGCCCGCACUCUUCGUGACCUGGCUCAGUCCAUCUACAUGACCGGGGUGUUGGUGGGAGCCGCUUUGUUUGGUGGUCUUGCUGACAGGUUGGGUCGCAAGGCCCCACUGGUGUGGUCGUACCUGCAGCUGGCAGUUUCGGGGGCUGCCACAGCAUAUGUGGGCUCCUUCAGUGCCUACUGCGUCUUCCGUUUCCUGAUGGGCAUGACCUUCUCCGGCAUCAUCCUCAACUCUCUCUCCCUGGUUGUAGAAUGGAUGCCAACCAGAGGCCGUACAGUAGCAGGCAUUUUGCUGGGUUUCUCCUUCACCUUGGGCCAGCUCAUCCUGGCUGGCGUGGCAUAUCUGAUCCGGCCCUGGCGGUGGCUGCAGUUUGCUGUGUCUGCUCCUUUUCUGGUCUUUUUCCUCUAUUCUUGGUGGCUUCCAGAGUCAUCCCGAUGGCUCCUCCUUCACGGCAAGGCCCAGCAAGCUGUGCAGAACCUUCAGAAGGUGGCCAUGAUGAAUGGCAGGAAGGCGGAAGGGGAGAGGCUGACUACAGAGGUGGUGAGCUCCUACAUCCAGGAUGAGUUUGCAAGUGUCCGCACCUCCAACUCCAUCUUGGACCUCUUUAGAACUCCUGCCAUCAGAAGGGUCACGUGCUGUCUCAUGGGGGUCUGGUUCUCUAAUUCUGUGGCUUACUAUGGCCUGGCCAUGGACCUGCAGAAGUUUGGGCUCAGCAUCUACCUGGUACAGGCUCUGUUUGGGAUCAUCGACAUCCCGGCCAUGCUGGUUGCCACCACCACGAUGAUUUAUGUGGGACGACGGGCCACAGUGUCCUCCUUCCUCAUACUAGCUGGACUCAUGGUCAUCGCCAACAUGUUUAUGCCCGAGGGUGAGUUGUCACUGCUGCCCUGUGGUAGCCACAUAGACACAGGGUCUCAGAAUCAAGUCAAACAAGGCUGUACCAAAAGAGACACAGAACAGAAGAGUGAAGAAAUUUCUCUUCAGCAGCUGGGGGCUUCACCCCUCAAAGAAACCAUUUAA